GAAAAGUUAAAUGUGGACGAUUCACUGCAUUCAUUUGUUCUGUUGUUAUCAGAAUGAUACCUUCGGCAAUUUUUCUGUUAUGUCUAUCGUUUUCCAAUAUUUUAGGUGUUAAGAAUGAAACUUUCAUUUUGAAAUAUAAAUGGCAAAAUAUAAACUUCACCUGGCCAAGUAAAGAAGUUUACGAAGAAGCAUUGAAAACUAGAAGAUUCAUUCCAGAAAAUCCGGAAAUAAAGGGACUAAGAAUCUUCAAAGAUGAUAUGUAUUUUGCUAUACCAUUGUACAAACCUGGAAUACCUAUAACAUUAGCAAAGGCAAAUAAGGAUAACUGGGAAAAUGCUACUGUUCGACCCUUUCCUAAUUGGCAGGAAAAUGUAGAUCCAAAAAAUUGUUCGACCCUUCAAAGUGUACAGCAGGUUGAAAUUGAUAAUCGAGGUAUUCUUUGGGCCAUUGAUGGAGAAAGGCAAAGGAAUUUCACAGAUUGUCCAUGUAAACUCGUAUUGUACGAUUUGAAUCGAGGAGGAAGAAGAGUGUACACGCAUAUUUUUCCAAAUGAAGUUUGUCUUCCCGAAGGAGCAUUCCUGAACGAUAUAGUCAUAGAUGAAACUGAUGGAACCUAUGCCUACAUAUCAGAUGCUAGUGUUAUUGAUCCAGGAUUGAUAGUUUUCAGUAAAAAAUUGCUUAAGUCUUGGAAAAUAAGGGAUAAAACAAUGUAUUCUGACUUGGAAGCAUCAAAUUGGCUACUGAAUGGUGUUCUUAUGACCAAACUGGAACCUAUCGAUGGGAUAUCUUUAUCACCAAAAAUUCAUCCUCGAAGCAACGAAAAAAUGGUUUUCUACUCUGCAGUAGCUUCCUUCAAGUUGUACGGGAUCAGUACGAAUAUCCUAAAAAACGAGGAGACGUGCAGAGGGGACCAAUGGCGUAAAAAUGUUACCCUGCUAGGGAGGAGACAAUCGCAGAGUGAUGGAAUGAUUUUCAAUAAAAACGGCGAACUGUAUUAUUCACUGGUUCCCCUCAACGCAGUCGGUAUAUGGAAUUUCAGGAAACCGUUGAAUUCUUCGAGAAUCCUCGACAAGAACAAGACAUCGAUAUACGAACCCAAUGGAUUUGCAUUCGACGGUACCGAGUUAUAUCUACUGGGUAAUAGAGUUAUCUCUACACUGAAUACGACUUCUGGAAGUUAUUUGAGUUGAUAUUUAUUGAACGAUUAUGUAAUACCUAAUUGUGCAAUAAUGAUGAUUGACUGAGAAGCUUUGAUAUCAUUAAAAAUAAAUAAUUGAAAUAA